CAUUACUAUCACAAAAAUUACAUACAAGUCACAAUAGAUAUGGAACUGUCAAAACUGUUGCAAAAUAUUCUGUUAGUUUAAAUAUCAAGUGGUUGAAUAUCAGGAUGGAUCCGACUUUGUUUUUUUAUUUGAGCUCUAGUGAGAGUGAUGGGGAUGAAAAAAUAGUGCGGAGGCAACUAAGAAAUCGGAGCAAUCCUUUGGCACUGCCGAAUACAGCAUUUUUAAAACGAUUUCGUCUAACUAAAGAGGCUUUUGAAUAUGUCCUAAAUAAUAUAUGUUUAACGCAAUCUGACGUCAGAGCAGUGCCUCCAGUGCUACAAUUAGCAACCACGCUCUCACAUUUGGCUAGCGGUGGAUACCAGCACAGUGUAGGCAGUGACUAUUUCAUUGGGAUUUGUCAAAGCACUAUUUCGAAGCUGGCAUCCCAUGUGCUUAAAGAAAUGGAAACGAAGUUGUGUCCACAGUUUAUACGGUUUACACCAGAGGAUUCCCUUACGUGUAAAGAGUGGUUUGUGCACAAAUAUAAAAUUCCUGGAGUAAACGAGCACAUGUACUUCUAUAGAAAAGGCUACCACAGUAUCAACGCUAUGAUAAUAUCACUUACAAAAUUAUGGCUAUUAACUGUCAAUACGGUGGUGCAGCCUACGACUCAUUUGAUUGGAAACACUCGGACCAGAGAAGGGGGAAUGUUUAGUUUAGUAUCUCAUUUUGAAGAGGUUUUUCGCAAAGGGGGAGGGGGCUGGGGGCUUGCUAAACCGCCCCCCCCCCCUUUGAAAGGUAAUGAAUGGAGCUUUUGAAUAAUAGCACCCUUUCCCCCCUAGGACCACGGGGGGCUCUAGGGUAGCCUCCUGAAAAUGGUGUAAAAUCGUAGUUUUUCCAUACAAUUUAUGUAUUU